UGGACAUAUUCGUUUGCUGUCAUCUGUAGUCUGGGGCACUAGCAGCUAUGAUGGGUAAGCGUGGUGUGCGCCUUUGCAGCUCUUCUGCCCUCCGCCGACGCUCUGUUGUGCUUCUCCUGCUCUGUGUCGUCAUGGCAACAGCUGAAAUAUUGAAAAUUGUUGAUCCAAAAUGUUUAAGCAUCGGUGGAAUUUGCGUCGAUGAAAAUUCUUGCCCUCAAGAAUCAAGAGCCAAUGAAAGUGGAUUAUGUGCGCAAGAUGAAUCAAGGAAAGGGGCUUGCUGUUUCAGAACCCCAGAUGAUGUGUCGUGUAGAGAUCAUGGCGGGCGAUGUGGUGGACACGAAGAAUGCAGUAAAGUAAAAAAUUUCGGAACACUCGAUUGUAAAGAUGGCACGCAGUGUUGUUUACUCAUUUAUUAAAACGACUAUUGCUAUUAAACGAUCACAUGAUUAAAAAUGUCAUGUUGUUGUUUAGUUCUUGAUUUUCUGUACAAAUUAAUAUUACUAUAUGUGAUAUGAAUUACUUUUUGUAGCAAUAAUAUAUAGCUGUGAAACAAAUAUACUGUUUCCAUUUUCAAUUUUUGCAUUUUAUUAUGUUGUAGACAUAUAUAAUCAUAUGUGAUUAGAAAAAUUUAUUGCAUCAAUAAAGUUUAAUUUGGUACUUUUAAAAA